AUGAGCGGGCUUGAAGUUGCCGGCGUCGUUCUGGGGGCUCUCCCGUUGAUUAUCACGGCCGUUGACAAAUACCAAGUGACCGCCAAAAUAAUCAAAAAUUUCAGACACAAGGAGCCCUACAUUCAACGACUUGUGCAGGCUCUCAACGCGCAGUGGUUUUGUGUUGAAAGUGAGCUGGACAUCAUCUGGAAAGAGACCUUCAGCAGAGAGGACUUCAUACCCCCACCGCCGAGCCCUGACGAUUUCAAAAGCCCGAUGGUCGCGCAGGCCAUUCAGGAAACCCUCGGUGUUGGAUAUGAGCAUUAUAUUGCUGCGCUCUCAGAAUGCGAGCAGGCCUUGGUUGAAAUUGCGACACACCUUCGCGGUUUGUCAUCAGAUACUACACAGGACCUUGCUGUACUUGUUCAAGCCAAUCCACCAAAGUCAAAUGGCUCUUACGAGUUCACCAAGAAGAUCAAGUUCGCUUUAAAGAAAGAUGACUUAAUGAGACACAUCAAAGAUCUAAACGAUGCAACCAAUGGGCUGUCCCGAAUCAGAGAAUACAGUCGUUUACGAUGCCCUGUCACUCUUCAAUCCACGUCCUCGGCAACAACUAGAAUAGUGUCUUCCUUUGAUUCCAUUCGAAGGCAUGCAUGUCGACUGUACUCUACAAUCUCGACUGUGUACGGAAAAAGCUGUCACCCGGAGCAUGAGGCACACUUGUUCCUCCAAAGCAGAGCCGACAUACUGCUCACAAAAUACCGAACACCGAAAAAGACACCCGUCACUUUCACAGUAUCAUUUGGUCCGGCAAGCCACACCGAUGUGUGCAUCCCAUCCCUUGCCACGGAAGUGAAAGUGUCAGAGGAAGACGCGUUGAUACCUCAGUCUAGCAAUCUUACACUAUCUAGUCGUGGUUCCCUUCAUUCCUCGCAAUAUUCCUCGACCAGUACUCGUCGCGUGUCCUAUCAACUUGACGCCCAAUUUGAGACACACUGCAAAUCAAACACUUUCAAUUACCCCCUCGGCUCUAGUCGACUGGCCCCGAUGCCACAAAUCAUACAAGAUCUAUGUCUGCAUCUUUCGAAGAGUGCGGAGCUACAGGGUUUACAUUUAUCCCAGGAUGACCAUCUUUGUUACUAUAACCAUGAGCCAAAAAUUCGACCUCAGCCGAGUGGACCAGCCAGUCAUGUCCAUUCCCUGGAAGAAAUCCUUCAGCCCACAUCAUCCAUCAAGCUAUCACCCGUUUCGAGAAUUGCUCUAUCAUUCAGCAUAGCCUCCUCAGUGAUGCAGUUAAAUGACACGAAAUGGUACCGCUUCCCAAUAACAAGCAGCAUGAUCUGCCUUGUAUGUGAAAACUCAGGAAGGCCAGACUCGGAACCUCGGCCAUUCAUCAGCCGCAAGUUUACUUCCUCGUUGGAGGACUCCCACGCGCUCAAUGUUAAGCGAGUAAUGCUCGAGCUCGGUAUCGUUUUGCUCGAGCUAUGGCAGGUCCGAACACUUGCCUCCUACGCUGAUGAAUGCCAAAAGCCCUAUGGCACCCUAGGAGCUCGGUAUGACCUCGCGCGCCACUGGUUGGACGUUUGUAUAGGCAAUAUUCUCCCAGCCUUCUCUGAGGUGAUUACCAGAUGCAUCGAGUGCACCUUUGUGACUAGGACGGCAGAUCUGAAAUGGAUCGAUACAGAAUUCCGGAAAUCUGUUUACGACUAUGUUGUCAAGCCACUUGGGAAGCUUGUUCACCCUCAUAUCGAAGAAUAG